GACUACGACUAUGCGUACAUAUUAUCGAGGAGUCUAUGGAGUGUUAUUCGUCGACAAUUGCGUCAAUAUAACGUUGUAAUUUGCUCACGUUUUCUUCCGGCAGAUUCCUUUUUUUAGGCUUUCAAGUCCUCUAAAGGAAAUAUCGUCCUACAUUAUCUGGAUCGCUGUCUCCAAGAAUUGCUGAUUAAUCAUUCUAUGAUCGAUAUUUGGUUAACAGCACAUAAAUAAAAAUGUCUCAUACAAUACUACUAGUACAACCUGGUUCCAGGCCUGAAACAAGAACAUAUUCUGAUUACGAAAGCAUUAACGAAUGUAUGGAAGGUGUUUGUAAAAUUUAUGAAGAACAUCUGAAGAGACGAAAUCCAAACACUCCAACUAUCACUUAUGACAUUAGUCAAUUAUUUGAUUUCGUUGAUCAGCUAACGGAUUUAUCCUGUCUUGUGUAUCAAAAGUCGACAAAUACUUAUGCUCCUUACAAUAAGGAUUGGAUCAAAGAAAAGAUAUAUGUUCUAUUGCGUAGAGCUGCGGGACAUGGAGAGUAAUCAAUAUAUAAAGUACAUGUAUACGUCUGUGUUUUCAUACAAUAAGAUAAUUUUAAACCUCUCUAUAUAUUAUUUACUGUAAUAAAUCUAUAAAUUACAA